UAAAUAUUUUCUCUCCGCAUGUUACAUGACAUUGAAGGGGAUGAAGACCCGCCCACGAUUAAUUUGAUUGAACCACCCUCUUUAUCAAACAUCGGUGUGUGUAUUCUUCAAAGAACAAGCAAUUUGUCAACCUGCGCGUUCACAUAAAUUCUCAGCAAAAUAGAAUUCAAAUGAUGAUCAGAGUUCAUUUCGUGAAGUCAUAAAAAUUACUCUCGCAUUAUAUUUAUAAAAUUCCUUUAAUUUUUUAAAAAUAAUUUAUACAAUUCCUGCAUAAAAAUGGGAAGAUCAUUGCCAGCUCCAGUAGCAUGUAAAGUUUGUGGUGAUCGUUCAUAUGGGAAACAUUAUGGAAUUUAUUGUUGCGAUGGAUGUUCUUGUUUUUUUAAAAGAUCCAUUAGACGUGGAGUCAUGUAUACGUGCAUAGCAGGAAAUGGAAAUUGUAUAAUAGAUAAAGCAAGAAGAAAUUGGUGUCCACAUUGUCGUUUAAAAAAAUGUUUCGCUGUUCAAAUGAACACUGCAGCUGUACAAGAAGAAAGAGGUCCUCGCAAAAGAAAUAAAAUAAGCCCAUCAAGAUUUUCAUGGAAGGCAAAAAUUCAAUUAUCGGGACGAGAAAAUUUGAAUUCUAUUCAAGAAGAAGAGGAACAAAAAAAAUUCAAUUCAUUUCCAUUGAAACAUAUUAAUACAAGAAUUGAACCAAUCUAUGAAGUUAGAAAAUCAAAUUUUAUUUUACCACCAUUAAUAAAUCCAACUAUUGCUUCGAGAAUUAUUUUACCUGUUGAGAAUAUAAAUAUUCAGUAUGAAAUCGCAGCGCAAAUAUUUCUACUAACUAUUAGAAGAGCACGUCAACAUUGCGAUUUUCAAAGAUUGAAUAUUCAAAAUCAAAAUUCAAUACUACGUCAAGGUUGGGCUUCUGUAUUUAUUCUUCAUGCUUCAACAUUUCCCAUGCAUUUUAUUCAAUUGUUAAUAAAUAAACGUACCACGGAGAAAACUACAUUGAAUUCAUUAAUGACAGCGCGAGCAUCACUUUUAAAAUUACAACUUGAUGAAAUUGAAUUUUCCGCAUUGGAAACUCUUUCCCUUUGUCGACCUGAAUUAACAGAAUCACCAGAUAGUUUCGAUUCUUUAUCGAGAGCACGAAAUUCAGCAUCAGAAUUAUUGUUACGUCAUCUUCAGAGCCAUGAAAAUCGAGAAUAUAGAAUUAUACAAAUAAUGUUAGUUCUAUCAAUUCUCACUGCUUGUUGUACAAGAGAAUUGGGAAUUGCUCUUUUCUCACCAAUUAUUGGUGAUUUAGCACUGGAUCAUGUAAUCGCUUCUAUAAUAUGAGUCACA